AUGGCAAAGAAAAAUAAGUCCCAGAAGGCCAAAUCGGACGAAAACCCAUCCACAGGCCCAAGACUAAGCCACAAUAUUACUCCAAACGAUACAACUAAGGGCUUAAGUGAGGCUGACUUUCCCCCGCUACCAAAUAGCCCUACCACCGAAUCCGUCCCCGUGCUGGGCGGUCGCAAGGGUAACCAAGCUGACGACACUGUCGGUGCCGUUGGCGAGACCGCCCAGGACGCCCUGCCGAGCACCAGCGGUUUGACAAUUCCCGGCGUCACCAAUACUGGAAAGAAGGAUGGCGAGGAUGACAAGGGCAGCCUCCAGAUCAAGAUUCACCUCAACCUGCACGCUAAGAUCAAGCUCGAGUUGGACGCCCAGGUCUACGGUGACAUUGUAAUCGGUCUGCUAUAA